AAAAUGCAAAAGGAGUUGAGCAGAAAGACUGAUCUAUUUGAUGAAAUAAACAGUUUGAUUGAUUGUGUUUUUAUUCUGUCCUGUUUUCGAUUUUUAUUUUAGAAAAGUUAUUGGGGUGAAAAAUAAUUUAUUUAUUUAUUUAUUGGUGGUUAGGUGGAAUUUACAAAAUAAUGUUGGUUAUGAGAUAAAGCGAUGAUUUGGUUACAAUUUGCAAAUGACAUUGGUUAUGAACAAAUAAUUAUAAUCAUCGGCUAAAUUCAAUCUUUAAAUCAAUGAAAAUGCCGUAAUCGUUCUGUCGACUCAAAUUCUCAACAUUAUUUUUGGUCGGUAUAAAAUUAUAGCCAUGUUUGAUUCACAAGACUAGUCGUGAGGUAUUAAUAAUAUUAUCAAAAUAUUGUGGUAUUCACUAUCUAAUUGAAUUAAUAGGAUAAAUUAUCCAUUAGAUUAAUAAUUUCACCCCACCCCAUUACUAAUAAUUCUGCAAAUUUGUUGAAUUAAUUAUCUAUUAGAUUAAUAAUCCUAAACCAAAUAUUAAAAUAAAUAUAAGAUAAUUGGGCUCACGAAUUAAUAAUUACAGUCUCAUACUCUAAUCCAUCCAAUCAAACAUGCUCUGCACUCUGCUCUACGUUCAAAAGUAUUACUUAAAAAUAAAUUUGAUUGUUUGUAAAAAUCAGGAAUCUAAUGUGUAAUAUUUGUUGGACAAACCUUUUGCAUAUUACAGACAACUUCCAAUAUUAAAAAUAAAAACUUCCCUUAUAACAACACUGACAUAUAUUAAGGAUCCCUGAUCAGCAAAAUUCUAGAACUUUCCUAAAACAAGGCAUGCUUUACUUUACAUAAAUACAUCUCAAAUCACCACUCUCUUUCCAACAGCUUUCCCCCAUUAACUUUCUCUCCAAGCAAACAACUCUCUCUCUUGCAUGGUCACCAUGAACACCACCAAGACAACCACCCAAGGCCGCCGGAAGAUCGAAAUCAAGAAGAUUGAGAGCGUAAGCAAUCGCCAAGUCACCUUCUCGAAACGCCGUGCCGGCCUCUUCAAGAAGGCCAGUCAACUCUGCAUCCUCAGCGGCGCUGAGAUCGCCAUUGUCGUCAAAUCUCCCGGAAAGCGCACCUUCGCUUUCGGCCAACCCAGCGUCGACGCCGUGAUCGAUCGAUACCUCACCGGAACCUCCGCCGCCGCCGAGCAGAACAACGGCCCUUCGGUGCUCGAUUUCAACGAGAAAUACGCCCAAGUUUCGAAGGAAUUGGAGGCGGAGAAGAGGCGGAGAGCGGUGAUUGAGGAGACAAAGAAGGCGGCGAAUGACGGCAGAUUUUGGUGGGAUGAGGCGGUUGAUGAUCUAGGAUUAGAGGAGCUGGAGCAGUACGUGGCGGCGUUGGAGGAGUUGAAGAAGAAUGUGAGUAUGAAAGCUGAUGAGUUGAUGAUAAUGAAAGCGAAUUCUUCAAUGAUGUUUGGUAUGAAUGAAAGUGCGAAUCAUGGUGGACUGGGUUUGAUGAGUGAUUGUGCUACUUCUAUGGUUCCUCAUGGGUUUGAUUGUGCGAAUUCUUCAAUGAUGUUUGGUAUGAAUGAAAGUGCGAAUCAUGGUGGACUGCGUUUGAUGAGUGAUUGUGCUACUUCUACGGUUCCUCAUGGGUUUGAUUGUGCGAAUUCUUCAAUGAUGUUUGGUAUGAAUGAAAGUGCGAAUCAUGGUGGACUGCGUUUGAUGAGUGAUUGUGCUACUUCUACGGUUCCUCAUGGGUUUGAUUGUGCGAAUUCUUCAAUGAUGUUUGGUAUGAAUGAAAGUGCGAAUCAUGGUGGACUGGGUUUGAUGAGUGAUUGUGCUACUUCUAUGGUUCCUCAUGGGUUUGAUUGUGCGAAUUCUUCAAUGAUGUUUGGUAUGAAUGAAAGUGCGAAUCAUGGCGGACUGGGUUUGAUGAGUGAUUGUGCUACUUCUAUGAUUCCUCAUGGGUUUGAUUUUGGACGUGGCCAGUUCUGAGUUGGUGUUUGGUUGAAAACGAUUUUCUUAGUCCUGGCGAAUUUGGGUUUUACUUCCAUUCCAUAUUUAGAAUGUUAUUGGGUUGGAAAAUCAAGUUAAAUUAACAAAUACAAGGUUGAUUUGCAAUUUUUUUUUUGGGAAGGUUGGAACAAAUUACUCCAAUAUUUGUGGUAAUUGUCAUUGGGUUUCCUUAAUGGAAUCAAUAUCUUGUAAUGUAAGGUUCUGUUGAUCUUGAAUUUAUGGAAAAGAAAAAAGAAAUUAUAUUAGUUGUUCACGUAACUUGCAUCUUGUGUCAAUUCAUUUAUUAUAAUUAGCAAUUUACUUUGAAAUAAAACUACAUAUUUAUUUAUAUUUAUUUUUAUUUUUAUUCUGUCCUGUUUUACAUAUUUUUAGCUCUGUAGCUUUCAAAUUUUACUUUAGUUUGAAUUAUUUCAGUUUGAACAAUAUUAACUACAUAUAUUUUAAGUUCACUUUCAAUAUGGCCACUUCUUUCAAAUUACUGUCAAUUUUUUCUCUGUACUAACUCAUACAAGUGACAAGAAAUGUGAAAUGUACUUUUUUAACCUAAAUGCAAAAAAAAAAAAAUUGCUAAUUUUCAAAAAGUAUUUCACACGUAAAAGUGUCAUGAAACUUUUCAUUUUUUGAAGACACGAAAAAGCAAAAACCCGGUUGCCAAUGUUCAGGAAUUGGUAAUAAUGUAAGCUUGAAAUCAAAAAUUUCCCACCUUGGAUGGCAAUGAAAUGUUGUAGCUGCUAAUUUUGGCGGUGAGAGUUUUGUCCAACAAUGUGUUUUCGAUCUUGAGAUCAUUUCCUUACAUUCCUGGAGUGAUUCCAGAGUGCAAGAACUGGAUUCCCCUGGCAAUCCCCACUGCAAUCCUCCUUCUCUGUGGCCAUUUCAGAUACUCCCUCUUUAUCC